CACUACUCUGACACUUCAUUGCGCUACAGCAAAAUCGAAGAGCUCAUCUGCUUAGUUUUGCCUAUGACGCUGAGUUUUCUGCAGCUGAAGCUGUUGCUAACAGUAGCAUUAGCGAUUAGCGCACGCAGCUCAUAUUAGCAUGCUGAGGUUGUACACAUACAGAAUAGCAGCUCAUGAUGGAGGAGGGCGAAGGUUUCUCCCUCGGUGAAAAAGCAACUGUAACUAACGCCAAUCUGAGAGAUGAAUACUAUUGGAAGCUUGUUGCCGAUUUUAUUGGUCCUCAGUCCGGGGAAGGAUUAGAGCUUGACAUGGCUCCAUGCAAGAACAGACUUUUGAUUCAAGUGGGACUUCUGAGAGAGGAUAACAAUUUUCCGUGGAUUGCCAUCUUGCGCUGGCUCAAAACCAUUUUCCCCAGAUACCACUCCGCUGAUUUUCGGCGUUUGAUUGAAAGAGGCAUCGCAACAACCCUGAGUCUGGGAAGUGAAGCGAGGCAGACCUUCCUGGAAUCGGAAGUCAACUUUAGCUUUGUUGGUCCGAUAUGCGACAGCAUCGGAGUCGAACGAGGACAUCUUUUGGAAAUGAGGGAUUUUUCUGAGCGAGCACAAUUAAUAGAAGUCACAAAUGGACUGAUUCUUGAGUUGAGCAACUUUAUCACAAGAGAGAAACUUGCCCCAAUCGUCAUAGUCUCUUGGCUUAGAAACUUCAACCCAGAGUUUUGUAAAAAUGGGGAUAUUCAAAAGGCAUACAAAGUCAUUAAGGCAAAGAUAAAAAAGCUAAUGCUGUAUUACCGUAAUUAUGAAACAAGAAGACAGAGGAGGAAUGCAGCGAUGGAAAAUCUGCUUCAAACUCCAUUUGAACUGGUGCGGAAAAAAAUCCCUAAGAUUCACUUUAAGAAACGCAUGAGAAAAGAUGACGUGCACAAUACUGAAAAGUUUAAAAUCAAAGAGGAGUAUGAGAGCUUUGAAAUCAUGCAAGGUGAAGGGUCUGAGGACAAAGGAGUCAUCAAGAAAAUUAUAGUGAAAGAACAUGUCUCUUUAGGUAGUGAAAAUGAUGAGAAUACGAAUGGAUCCAGUGAUGAAGAGGAAACCGCAGACUUGAGAGGAGAGGUUCUGACCCUGCUUGACAUUGCAAUGUUGUCUGUUCAAAAACUGUCAAGUUUGUAUGGUGGGAAAACUGCUACAUGCAAACAAGUGUCCUUAGAUCUCCUCAGAAAUCAGUAUACACUAAUGUGCAAGGUGCAUCCAGCCAUGGCAGAGUUUGAAAACAAGGUUGGCGCUCUCCGCGAAGAGAUGUCACUGGCCCCGCCUGUGGUGUUCCUAAACUACAAUGCCAUUUUCCUUCUUGACGUCCAUGAUGCAAUUGAGCAACAUGUUGUUAACUUUGAAAAAGAGAUCACACUUUCAACGGGAGAGAAACUCGGCCGUGACAAGCUUCCAAAGUUCAAGAACUUUGUGAAUCUGCAAGAAAGUGCCACUUCACGUUACAUUCAUAUGGCUUGUGAUAUCCUGAGCUCUCGCAAGGCUGAUUCACAGAAUUACAGAAAAUGUUGGAAAGCCUUCUGCAAGGAAAAGAGAAACCCAUCAAGACUUGAAGCAACUGAGUCAAACAGAUUUAUCGGCUACUUUGAAGCUGCAGCUGGUCUUACUCACCAUCACAAAGAGGUCGCUCUUUUCUUCUCUGACUUGCUGUCACUGAACAAUGACGAAUGCCCCAACAUAAUUCUUGAGAGCGUUGCUGAGGAUGCUAAUGAUGCUGUGAUUCAAUGUCUUGUGUGUGUUCUGGCAAUAAUUUACUGCAAAGUCCUCGGCCCUUUCUGGCACCUUCUGAAAAGUGAAGGAGAAUACUCGCUCUUCGCCAAGUACAUGCUCUUCCUUUACCAAAGGUUCCUGGAUUGGUCCAAAGAUCCUUCAACUCUGCUGGAGCCUGAAGAAUCCACAAAUGUUUUUCUGCAGUUGCCAUUGCAAGAGAAACACUUUGAUGGGGUGUUUCAUUACUGUGGUCAGUGGCACACAAAUCGAGACAUGAUCAGAGCUUGUUUGAAGAGAGCAAUAAAGGUGAUAGCAGCUGUCACUGACAAACACCUGAAGGAUUUCCUGCCAGGAGGAAAAUUCUCCCAAUUCUCGCCGCCAGAUUUGAAUUCACAACUGGUAAGUUGCACGUUUUCUGUCCUGAUGGCACCCUUUGGGCAUGCCAAUCCUUGCCAAAAGGAAAGACCCAACAACUCUCCAAAACACUCCUCACUCAAGAACUUGUCAUCUGACAGCUCUGAAGAGGAUAGUGAGGAGGCUGGUCUGUUUGAGGAUAGUGCUGAAGAAUCUUCCGAUUGGCAUACUAAACAAAAACGACACUCAGGCCCAAAACAUGUUAGCAGCGUUAAAAGAGAAAAGUCAGUAAUAAUACAUAAAGAAGAGAUUGAGGAAAACAUGGACAAGGAUUACAUAGUAGCCACAGUGAACAACAACGGAGGGCCAUGCAAGACACGGCUUGAUCUCGACAAACUAAUGCUGAGUUUCGAACGGAAAUCCAAGGUAGAGAAACGAGAGAGACUCCGUUGUGAGAUACUGUACCAGAAAAUGAUUCUCAACAACACAAGCCCACACUUGAAUUGCAUUUUCCGUGGCACCGGAGACAUGAGGCUAAAGCUAAUGCGUGCACUUCCUACUGUCAAACCUGGGUACUCUCUGGUUUUGGCCCCUAAAAGAACUUAUAAACGUCCUGUGCUCCAAGUGCCAGCUGAACCUGCAGCAGUAGCUGAGGAGACAGAGCAGCAGCACAUGAGAGAAGAAAUUGUGCUAGAAUGUGACUAACUCACUUUUUGUUUACAAAUCAAUUUAAAAAAGAAAC